AUGAACAGUGUACACAAUGCUCUUGGUCCUGCCAACAACUCUCAGAGCAAUAAUGAUGAUGACGAGACGAGCCUACUUGAGUUCGAAAUCAAGGAACACGAGGAUGAUGAGGAUGACAGCGAGGCCGAUGAUCCUGGUGAGCUGGACCAGCAUCGCCCAAGCACUCCGGCACUCAUCGAAGAACAACGAUCCCGGGGAAUGCUGGAGCCUUCCGCGGCUCGUGCUAAGCCACAGGUGUCUAGUCCCACGGCAUCCCGCUUCACACGGAUGACCAAUGACCAAAGCAGCAACAUCAAGUUGAGCAUGCCCAAGCAUAACGCUGGCUCAAGGACCUGGGGUAAAGCGCCUGACCACUCGAACGGCGAUCCGCUCAAGGCUCAAGAAGAUAAGGAGAAGCGCAGGAUCGAAAGGAUAAGAAGGAGGAAGCUUGCUCUUGUAUCACGUCCCGCACGCUACGAAGAUGGCUCUUCACAGUCGUCCAAAGCAUCCGGACUUGGCGUUGCUCACUAUCGUCACAACGGGAUCUGGGACGGCCUCUCUAUCACGGUAGCGCCCGACGAUAACAACAAAGUAGAGUACCAAGCCAUCACGGCGGCCUUGGUAGCCGUGCUGCGGGUUGACCUUCUUCGUGCUGGCCAGAGCGCCCUCAUCCUCACGGACUCUGAAAGUGCCUUACGCAAGAUCUACGAGAGCGACCUUCCACGUCGAUGGGAUGAACAGCAACAAGUGUGGCUCUUCAGGGACGUUCUUGACCCCGUCUCAGAGGCACCACUUGAGACCGAAGUCGAGUUCGCUCACACCUUUCGUCGCGGCUAG